CUUGUUUUUAUUGUUUAAAGAAUCCCGCGAUUAGUGGUGCAUGCAGCGGAGUGUGUUUGGCUUGUGUUGUGCGUGAUGUGUGCGCCGUUACCGACAGGCAGUGCCGCCUGAGUCUGAACUCACUUCAUUGAAGAGGAGACCGGAAGAAUUCUUAAGCAGAAUAAUGUCUGCCAAAAACCAAAUGAGCGUCUUCAUGGAGAAGAUCAACACGACGCUACAGUCGUGUCCUUCGGUUGUGUGCAUCAAUGAGCCGGAUACGCACAGUGCCAACAGCACGGAGAUACUGCAGCAGACCACGCCCGAGAGUACUCUAGAGAAGAAGCAGCUGCAAGGAGGUGGAGUCGGAGUCGGAGUCGGAGCUGGAGCAGCAGCUAGCCUAAGUGGCAACUGCAUUACAAUCAAUGCGGCAACAACAGCUGUUGGCGGCACCUCUGCGGGUGUGACAAAGAUAACGAUAACAGGCGACAGCAACAGCAACAACAACAAUCGAGACUCUUAUGAGAAUCAUCCUGGCAGCAUUGUAAAGACAAAUCACAACAGCAGCUUGGUGUCCAUCACAAGCCUAAAUAGCUGCGACCUCAGCUAUAGCCGCGAGAGACCGUUGAGUCCUGAGGGUGGUAGCACCGCCACCCUGCCCCUGGGAGGUAGCAGCAGCAGCAACAGGAACAGCCAUAGUCACGGGCACAACAAUCCACACGGCAGCAGCGACACCUCAUCGGGCAACUUCCAAGAACGCUUCGACUUUGAGCACUGGAAGGGAUUACUCAGCGACUACAACUGUUUCCACAGUCUCUAUCGGUAUUGGAAUCAGUACAGCAGCAGCGGCGGCAGUGACAUUAGCAGUGCCAGUGGCAGUGGCAGUGGCAUUGCCACUAAAAGGCAAUCGUGCCACCCAUUGGAUGCUCAGUCGCGCAACGAUCAUGCGAACAACAACGAAGCUGGAUUGGGCAGCGGUCUGGGCAGUGGUUCAUUCUACACGAAUAAUAUAUUAGGCUAUACCUUUGGAUCCCUACCAUUUGGUUUCAAGCAGCAGCACUCGCAGCAUCAGCAGGACCUCGAUAGCCAGAGCGGCAGCAGCAGCACUCUAGGAUAUAAAAAGUCCUCGUCCUCGUCCUUUUACGGCAACGGCAACGGGCCGGGCAACGAAACUCCACUACAGAAACACUACAGACAACAGCAAAAGCGAAAGAUGCCCGUCUUUAGGGGCAGGAGAGCCUGGUGCGGCUGCUUCAAGAUCCAGAUCAAGAUCAAGAUCGCCACCAUCAUGGACACGAGCCAGAUCGACACAUUGGCGGAGUGCGCCUUGGAUUGCUUCUUAAAUGGUCGGUACUACGACUCCGUUUCUUGCACGGCCGUAAUGGUCUACAUGAGAGAGCAACUGAGCAGCCACGAGCGCCAUGUGAUGAACGACAUCUUUUUGGGUAUCAUCAAUAAAUUCAUUAACGCGAACACAGAAUUGGAGAAGCAGUUGGAGGAUGAACGCCAGGCCCUGCAGCAGAUAAGCGAACCGACUGAGGAGCAAAAACAAGUUGUGGAGGCCGCCAAGGCCGCCGUCAAUACCCUGUUAGGGCAUUUAACGGGGUACGUCCAGGAUAUGGUGUCCAUCACAGUUCAGGCACUAAACUCUUUCAACACUGAUGACCACGAGCCAAAAGCGUACCUUUACCGCUUGAUGGGCGAGUGCCUGGGGAACACGUGCCACUUGGUGAACGCCGAUGAUGUCAACGAUGCUGAGAUCAAUACGGUGGCCUCCCUUGCCUAUCUCCAAGGGAUGGUGCACGGCUUCAAUCUACCUCCGGCCGACCCCUCCCACCUGGAUAACAUCACCUCCUAUUGCAAAUUUGCGGUGCGCAAUUUGCGGAACCUCGAUGAGGCCAUUGCUCUGGGGUCUUAUGUCAUGUUCACCUGCCCAGAGGAGAGGAUCCUUGAGUCCAGAGACGUGCAGACCACAAGACACUGCCUCCACUUACUUCAAAUGUGUCUGGAUGUGUGGACUACCGUAAGGGACCUCAUGAAUAGCGACAGCAACACCAAUGAAGAUGCUGAACAGGACGAUCAGGACAUAUCAACCAAGGGACAACAAUUGGGUGGGGAUUGCGGGGAACGGCUCCUCAUGUCCUUUGUGAACGCUGUCCUCAACUAUGGCCAAUUGCGCUAUGAAUUUCUAAUGCUGGGCAUCCAGCCGGUGAUCGACAAGCUGCGCACCCACGGGAACGAGACGCUGGACAGGCAUUUGGACUUCUUUGAGAUGGUGAGAGAAGAGGAGGAUGAGAAGGAAUUCGCACGUCGCUUCAACGAAGAGCGCAAGAGCGGUUCCAUGUUCGAGCUGCUGCGCCGCAAGCUCAGCCACUCGCCAGCGUAUCCACACAUGUUGUCGCUGCUGCAGCAUAUGCUCCUGCUACCCUACACGGGCCACUGCACCGAGCAUUGGCUGCUGAUUGAUCGCGUGGUCCAGCAGAUUGUGCUGCAAGUGGAGCAACGACCCAGCAGCGACCUCAUACCCGAUCCCCUGGAUGAUCCCCUGGAUGAUCCCCUGGAUGAUCCCGGCAAGCAGCUGAAGCUGGCCAGCGACUGAGAGUCGCCAGUCCAUGAUCCGGAUGUGGCACCCCUGCAGAUCGAUGUGGGCAAGCUGGUGCGUCUGCUGGUCAAGGAGGAGCAACUGACGCAGGCGCGCAAGCGGGCGGAUGAGCUGGAGCGCGAGAACUUUGAGGUGCAGUCGCGUCUGGCCAAAAAGGAGCAGGAACUCGAUCUGCGAAUGCAGGAGAAGGAGGAUCUGGAGACGGGACUGGCGCGCAUGCGCGAACGCCUCGAGAAGGAGUCCGCCCAGCACUCGCAGGCCGUGCAGCGGGCCCAGAGUGCCGAGAUGAAGGCCGAGGAUCUGCAGCAUCGACUGCACAGCGAGCAGCAGGAGCGAGCGCGUCUCGAGCGGCUCGUUACCGAAGGCAGCAUACCCGAUGACCAAAAGGUUGCCGGUCUGACCGGCUGCAAUGGUGCUGUGUCGCCGCCACCACCGCCACCACCGCCGCCGCCGAUGUUGAAUGCCAUUCCACCGCCGCCGGCACCGCCAAUGGCGCCAGCAAUGCUGCCACCGCCACCGCCACCGCCACCACCGCCAUGUCCAGGUGCACCCCCACCGNAUCCAACACUAAUCCGUGUCUCUGUUCUACCUGCAGCUCCUGUGGCGCCCAAGGUGGAGCUGCCGAAGAAGAACGUGCCACAGCCCACGAAUCCCUUGAAGAGCUUCAACUGGUCCAAGCUGCCAGAUGCCAAGCUGCAGGGCACCGUCUGGAGCGAACUGGACGAGAGCAAGCUGUACAACAACAUGGAACUGGAGUCGAUAGACAAACUCUUUUCGGCCUACCAAAAGAAUGGAGUGCCAGCACACGAUGGCUCCUACGAGGAUCUACGACCCACUGGACAGAAGAACAAACAGAAGGUGCUCUCCGUGAUCGAUGGACGACGAGCCCAAAACUGCACGAUUCUCUUGAGCAAACUGAAGAUGAGCGAUGUGGAAAUAUCCAAAGCCAUCCUCUCCAUGGACUGCAAUGAGCAGCUGCAGCUGGACAUGGUCGAGCAGCUGUUGAAGUUCACGCCCUCGGCCGAAGAGCGAGCCUUGCUGGACGAGCACAGUGAGGACAUUGAAUCGCUGGCACGUGCCGAUCGUUUUCUCUACGAGAUAUCCAAGAUACCCCACUACGAGCAGCGGCUGAAGAGUCUGCACUACAAGAAGCGCUUCAUGCUCACCGUCAACGAUCUGACGCCGCGCAUCAAGAGCGUCAUGGAGGCCUCACGCGAGGUGGCACGCUCUCGACGUCUGCGCAAGUUACUGGAACUGGUGCUGGCCUUGGGCAACUACAUGAACCGUGGGGCACGCGGCAAUGCGUGGUCUGGCUUCCGUUUGGCAUCGCUCAAUCGUCUGGCGGACACCAAAUCGAGCGCGGCCAAGGGCACAACGCUGCUCCACUAUCUGGUGCAGGUGAUCGAGAAGAAGUUCAAGGAUCUGCUGAAGCUGGAGGAUGACAUACCGCAUGUGCGCGGUGCCUCCAAGGUGUCGCUGGGCGAGAUGGACAAGGACAUACAGAUGCUGCGCACUGGGCUGGCGGAUGUGGCCCGUGAGAUUGAGUUCCAUCGGAGUUCGGGGCCCGCACAGCAGGGCGAUCGCUUCCUGCCCGUCAUGCGGGAGUUCCAUACGCAGGCAUCGGUGCGUUUUGCCGAGCUGGAGGACAAGUUCCAGGACAUGAAGACGCGCUUCGAUCGGGCCGUUCGACUGUUCGGUGAAGAUGGAUCCGUGCUGCAGCCGGACGAAUUCUUUGGCAUCUUUGAUUCGUUCCUGGGCGCCUUUGCGGAGGCGCGUCACGACAACGAGAGCUUCCGUCGACGGCAGGAGGAGGAGGAGGAGGAGAAGCGGGCCAAGCAGGAGGCCGAGCUCAAAAAGCGGACCAUCGAUCGCAAGAACAAGACCGGCCUCAUGAGCAGCGUUGCCCGCAAUCUUGGCCUGAAGUCCUCGUCGCCCACGAAUGGCGGCGACUCACCGGCCAAGGGUGGCGGCGGCGACAAUAAGGGCGAGUUCGAUGACCUCAUCUCGGCCCUGCGCACGGGCGACGUCUUUGGCGAGGACAUGGCCAAGUUCAAGAGAUCGCGCAAGGCGCGUGUACUCAAUGGUGGCUCUGGAGCGGGCGGCGCCGCCGGCAACACCUCACCGCCCAGGCAUGGCAGCCUGCAGCGCGAAGAGAGCGGACGCGAACGGGAGCGGGAUCGGGAGCGGGAUCGGGAGCGGACUGUGCGGCGUCAGUAGUAGAGGAUCAAGAAUCGAUUCUCUCUCGCGUUUCCCUGCAACCCUAUCCCUAACCCCUCCCCCACUCCUCGAUGUAAAGGUUUUGUUUCAUGUCUAAAAUUGAGCGCAAGUAUUUUUUGUUCGUACAUCGUAAAGAGAUUUUUUUGUAAUUAUUUAUACACGAUACGAUAUAUCUACUUAUACACCUAUAUACAUACAUACAUAUGCAUAUAUAUAUAUAUAUAUAGCACAUAAUCUAAAGCUAAAUCUCGGCUAAUGCAAGCGUGAAACCAAAUUGUUUUUUUUGUACACAAAAAUGAUGGAAACAUCGAAGAGCGUAAAAUGUAAUUUAAAGUCUAAACGUGAAGAGAAAUGUUAUGUCGUGGCGUACCUUGGAAAUUGUAAUUGUAAUUGUAAUUGUAAUUGUAUCUUUUGCAGUUCCCACUCCCUCCCACAUCAUAUGAAACAAGUCCUGAAACUUUUUGUUGUGGUUGCUUGUAGUAGCUUUUGUCUGUUGCAUCCCCACAAGUGGCAUCCGGAGAGAGUUUGAUGGUUGAUGGUGGCAAUAAAGCUGCCAUAAAGUCAUGUUCAUAAUUAGGAUUUACUCAUUGUUUAUUGUUUAUUGUUUAUUGUUUUUUUUGUUUGUUUAGCACGGGAUCCCAGCAUCGUACACACAUAACAAAUAAAUAAA